AUGGAAAAUUCUAAUCCACUAGCCACUGAAAGUUUUUCAUACAGUUGGUUAGCACACAAAAAUCCCUCUACUGAUUUCUUUCUCAAUUCCCUCAAAACAUCUUCGGGGAAUUCGAUUGAAGUUGGAUCAAAAGAACAGAAUUUCAAAUUUGAUUUUCCUGUAUCAGCAUCCCCGUUUUCCCUAGCUCAUGCUGAUGAAAUUUUCUCUGAUGGCCGUAUUAUGCCUAUAUAUUUUGAAAGAUCCAAACCCGAGGCGUUUAGUACCUCGACCUCGGCUCCUGGCAUGCCUAUUUCUUCUUAUUCUAUGAGGAGUAGAUGUGAACAGCUUCCAGAAGGGUCACUAGAAAAGAAAUUUCCAGGACAACCUAGGAGUAUUAGGUAUUUUUUCCUUGGAAAAUGGAGGAAAUCAUCGAAAGGAGUGUUGCAGAAGUGUUUUGGAUUUGUUUGGCCAUUCUAUAAAACUUUAGCUUGUUCUAGAAAAAACAUUAGAGUGGAUGAUCUUGAGAGAAAAGUUUGUGAAGUUCAGAGUUGGAACAAUUCCCUCCAGGCAUCUCCUCGUCCGAGUACAGCUUAUUCCGCGGUUGAUUGGGCUGAUAAAAACGAUGUUUAUUAUGGACUGAAGAAGAAUAAGAGUCGAAAAAGUUCUCCACGAGAAUCGCCACGAAUAAGUUCUUCAUAUUCUUGUAAUGAUUGCGCUGACAUUGAGAGCUCAAUCAAUGAAGCAAUUUUAUACUGCAAAAGAUCAAUCAGUACUUGUUAA